CUUCAAGGCUGGACUAUUGUAAUUCUUUACUAUCUGUUGAUGAAAAGCCACAGAAAACAACAAUAUCUUCAGUCCUGAUCUGAACGAUGGACAGUUUCUGGGGAAACUCAGAUUUUCUGUAAGUUUGAUGGAGGGUUGAGGAGUUAUGGUCCUUAAAACAUGGGCUGAUGAGGUCUGAUGAUUAGAGGGAUCCAAAAAGUUCCUUCUUGACUGGUAUAUUUUAGGCCAGAAAUGAAUCAAUCCUUAAUAAUCAACCAGCAAGAUGUUAACUUCUGUCCUUGGACAAACAGAGAUUAUGUAGUAAUAUGAUUGAUUUUUAUUUUACAAAAAACAGGAAAGAAACCAUUCAAUGAGUGGGACUACUGCAAAUGAAGCAGAUUUAUAGACUCUCUAACUUUAAAACUGUAGCAAGCUGAUUUUAGAAAAUCCUUUAUGUCAUAAUCAGUUGUCUGACAUACUCUACAGGUUUUACCCUCACUGAGUUCAGAGGAGUUUUGAUCUCUAACCAUGACCUGUUUGCAUCCAGAAAGAAUGACCUUAGACUUUAGUCCAUGACUCUGGACUAAAUGGUGACCCAUCCACACAUUACCAUAAUGGACACAUUGACUCAGUGACGGUCCAGGACAGUGGUGCUGUGCAAAUACAGAACUAUAAAGGAGUGUGUCUUCAGCGUAUAGCAUCAUCUUCUAUGAAAUGCUGUUAUACUGGCAAAUAAGAUCUGAAGCAGCUCAGCAGAAUCCCAGACAACUUCACCACUUUUUAACAAAUUCAACUCAGUCAACUUCCAGUCUUUAUCAUCAUCAUUAAUGUGUUGUUCUCCAACAGAACCACGAGAACCAGACCUCAGGAUGGUGCUUGUUGGGAAAACUGGAGUUGGGAAGAGUGCAGCAGGAAACACCAUCUUAGGGAUGGAGGCGUUUAAAUCUAAACUGUCUCCUUCCUCCUUGACAUCCAUUUGUAAGAAAGAACUGGGAGAGCUUGAUGGUCAGAUUCUAGAGGUGGUGGAUACUCCAGGCCUGUUUGGCACCAGGAACGAGGAGGUGCUGAGAGAGAUAGUUAGAUGCAUCUCACUGGCUGCUCCUGCUCCUCACGUGUUCCUGGUUGUCAUCCAGCUACGCAGAUUCACAGAAGAAGAACAAGAAACAGUCAAACUAAUUCAGAAGGUCUUUGGAGAGAAGGCAGCACAUUACACCAUGGUGCUGUUUACUCAUGGAGAUGAUCUGGAGGAGGAGGUCCCCAUAGAGGACUUCAUUAACAAUAGUCCACCUCUCUGCUCUUUUGUUAAGCAGUGUGCUGGAGGAUAUCACGUCUUUAACAACAGAAAUAAGGACCCAUCUCAGGUCCGAGAGCUGCUGGAGAAGAUCAACACGAUGGUUCAGAAAAACGGAGAAAGCUACUACACCAACGAUAUGUUCCAAGAAGCUGAGAGAGCCAUCAAAGAAGAGACUGAACGGAUUAUGAAAGAAAAUCCAGGCUCAGACCUCAGAGUGGUGCUGGUGGGUCAGGAGAGAGUGGGGAAGAGCUCAGCAGGAAACACCAUCCUGGGAAAGAAGGUUCUGGACUGUCGGUUCAGCUCCGUCCCCGUGACUCUGAGGCCUCAGAAGGUAGAAGGUGAUGUUGAAGGUCUCAGAGUUUCUGUGGUGGACACCCCUGGACUCUUCAGCACUCAGCUGUCUGUAGAACAGGUGAAGUCACAACUGAAAACAGCAGUCAAGCUGAGCUCUCCUGGUCCUCACAUCUUCCUGCUCACCAUUCAGCUGGGAAUACUGAGCAGACAGGAACAAAAAGCCAUGGAGAGGCUGCAGAUGAUGCUGGGUCCUGCUGUCUCCAAACACACCAUGCUGCUGUUCACCUACGGAGACCGACUGGAAGACACAGACAUGCAGCAGUUCAUCAGAGAGGAUACCAACCUGCAGAAGCUGCUGAAGAGCUGCAGCGGGCACUACCACGUGUUCAACAAGAAGAAGAUGGAGGACAGGGAGCAGGUCCAGGAGCUGCUGGACAAAAUCCAGAAGAUCUCACAGGGUGGCAGCCUGAUUUAUCAGAGAGAAGAUCAGGCAGGAUACUCUUUCUUCUCUUCAUUAAAAGGUUUUUGGAAGAAGUAACAGAGGCGUUAACCUAAGGCUGCUCCUCCAUCAGAGGGUGAGAAUGAUGAGGGAGAAGGUCUGACAACAUCUGUGCAGACAGCAGCAGGAGGUCCUAAAAUGUUCCAAUAAAGGUUCCUGUGAUAAAGUGUAAGUUAUUGAUGAAGAUCUCAUCCUGAUGUCUGCUGUGGUCCACAUUCUCUGAUCUGUCAACCCAAACUUCUGAUAAAACAUCUAAAUCAGUCCAGCCUGUUCAGGGUGUCUAAUGUGACAGGUUGUCCUUGGUAUUCAGAAGAUCGUCAGCAGGCAGCUAGAUGGAAAUGUCUCAAAUAUGUUGGUACCCUGUGAGUUUUUGAUUGAGUGAAUUUACACUGCAGGAAAUACAAGCUG